AUGGAUGCACUGUCACCAACAAAAGUUGAAUAUUGUCUUCGGCCGACAGACAAUAUUGAUAUCGUAACGCCAGAUUUCUUAAAUACACGUGAUCAAAAUUAUACAUUUAGUGAAUUAAAAAAGAUGAAUAUUACUGCGUAUGAGAUUUUUGUCUGGUCUGCUUCGAUCGAUCUCGCUGAAAACUAUCAAUACUAUCUUGACCAGAAGAAUAAAUCUCUACUAUCAAACGAAAUAUUCUUUAAUUGCACAAAACCAUGGUUCGGGUCUCGUUGUCAAUAUUCCUUUGAAAUCCCCGAAAAAGAAGCAUCACGUGACUUGGACUUGGCUUUGCCUGUUGCUAAACAUACAUGUUAUAUUCUACUAGAAUGUAAUCGUGGUGAAUCAUUCUUCUGUCUCGAUUGGCGUGAAAUAUGUGAUGGUCGAGUUGAUUGUCUCAAUGAUGGUAUUGAUGAAAUGCACUGUGUUGAUUUAGAAAUAAAUGAAUGUAAAAGUGAUGAAUAUCGAUGCCAUAAUGGAUUAUGUAUUCCGAAAUAUUAUCGAGAAUCGCGUUUAUUCUCUGCACUAUGUCUUGAUCAAUCAGACGCAUGGGAGACUAUACAAUGUCCAAGUUUCGAUCCGACACUUGAUUUAUUUCAAUGUGAAGAGCAUACAUGUCCACCAGGUCCAAAACAAUUUGCAUGUGGCGAUGGACACUGUGUCGAAGAUUUUGAUGAAUGUGACAAUGGACGACAUCUGAUGUUACUAAAAUCAUUGAGUAGUCAAGGCAAUCUCUCGUAUCAUUGUUGGCUGGCAAUGGUCUGUCUGACGAAAAUAAUUGAUCAAGUCAAUAGAACAUCGUGUCAAUCUCUAUUUGAAUCGUCUGAUAUUCGCGUUUAUCUUCGUAGUUGUGAUGUUCUCAUUCAGUUUCCUAUAUAUCCUGUUCUUUUCGGACAUGUUCAUUUUCUUUAUAUUCGACAAGAAGUUUCCGAGAUCGACAUAAACUCAGCUCUAGUGCCUGAUUAUAUUUGUUAUGACGAACUAUUGUGUGAUUAUCUUUCGGCAACAUUUCGCAAUAAAAAUCAUAUAUGUCGACAUCGUUAUGACAUGGGCUUGAAAUCGAAUGUUGAAUACCCUAGUUGGAAAGCGAUUAUUGAUUUAGUCAAACCUUAUUUUUCUGGUUGUCAUAUUCGAUAUACGAACAAACAUCAAUCCGAGCAUUCGUCAUUAUAUCGAUGUCAAAACAGUUCGAAAUUAAUUUCAAAACAUCGAAUUCUUGACAAUAUUAUAGAUUGUUAUUUGGAAGAUGACGAACGAGACUUUCGAUUAAGUUGUUCACUUGAUGAUCUAUAUCGUUUCAAAUGUUUCAAUGAAACUCAAUGUCGAUCACCAAUAUUUGAUUUGCGUCGUUGCCCAUUUAAAGAAGAUCAAAUAGCGACUAUCGAAAAUAUCUUAUUUAAUCAAAUAUGUGAUCGAAAUGUUGAUAUUUUACCUCAAUUGAUUGAUGGGCGAAAUCACACAGAUGAGACUAAUUGUGAAAAUUGGCCAUGUAAUAAUAUUUACACAAGAUGCGAUGGAUUUUGGACUUGUCAAAAUGGUGAAGACGAAGAAAAUUGUCGUCCAUCAAAUUGUUCCGGACAUUUUCUUGAUUGUAUUUCUUCGUCUAAUAAUACUUUCAUAUGUUUACCAGCAGAGCAAAUUGGAAAUGGCAUCAUCGAUUGUCUUGGAGGAAUUGAUGAACUUCAAUUAUGUCAAAUGAAAAAUUAUCGUCAGGGAAUUUCAUACGAUUUUCGUUGUUUAGAUGACGACAGAUGCAUUGAAUCUUCAGAAUUUUGUGAUUUCAAUGAUGAAACAUUCUAUCAAGAUCUUUGCGACGAAUGGAUUCUUCAUAAUUUUACUGAACUACAAAAUAAUCUUUGUCACAUUGGUACACUAGGACGCCUUUCAUUUACAUUAAAAAAAUCUCAAUUUUACCCAUUCAUUGAAAAUCAAAUAGCAGAUGAGAUUAUUGGUUUAACUAUCAAAUCAUCACACGAUGCAAAUAGUAUCAAUAUUGAAUUCGACGACUUCACGUUAUCAUCACAAUGUAUUCGUGGUAGAUCUAUUUAUCGUUGGUUAGACAAUGAAAAUUACCGCCCGAAUUGUUAUUGUCCACCGAAUUACUAUGGUGAGUUAUGCCAAUAUCAAAAUCAACGUGUUAGUCUUACAUUAACAUUACUAACAAGUGAUAGACGCAAUGCUUAUGCUAUUUUCAUCAAGUUAAUCGAUGAUGAUGAUGAUCGACAAGAAAUUCAAUCAUAUGAUCAAAUAAUAUAUGUCUCAAACAGUGGCACAUGUGGACAAACAUUUCAUAUAUAUCUUUUAUAUUCAACACGAAUGAAUAUUCUUUCAAAGAAUUACAGUAUUCAUAUUGAUCUUUACUAUAAGCAUUCGUUGGAGUAUGUUGCUAGUUGGUAUUUUCAAAUUCCUUUUCGUUUUCUUCCAGUUCAUCGACUUGUGGUUUUAUUGACUUUGAAAACGAAUCAAUUAUCUAAUUCUCAUGCCUGUCCUCUGAAAUGUCAAGAAGGCACCUGUAUGAAAUAUAUCAACGAAGAAAAAUUCUUCUGUCAUUGUAAAAGAAAUUGGUCUGGUGCUCUAUGCCACAUUUUCGUGUCCUGUGAUGAUUGUUCAUCCGAUUCACUUUGUAUGGGUUAUAUUCACAAUCGGUCGAUCUGUAUUUGUCCUUCGGAAAAAUUCGGUUCACGUUGUCUUCUUAAGCAUCCUUGUCCAAAAGAUUAUUGCCAGAAUAAUGGUUCAUGUAUUGUCAGACAUGAGAGAACCGAGAGCAGCUAUUUAUGUUUAUGCUCAGAACACUUUAGAGGAAACCAAUGUGAAAUUCCGAAAUCAAAAUUAGAAAUUUCUUUUCGUAACAUAGAACGUGCAUCAUAUUUUGUGGCUUACAUCUAUGACUUUAUUCAAUUUGAAGCAUCAAUGAUACAACGACCGAUAUUGAAAAAGUUAACUAGAAUGCAGAAUAUUGUAACAUUCUAUAUGCCAUAUCCAUUUGAAGUAGUUAUCAUUAAAAUUGCUGAUAGUUUCUAUUUAGCUGUUCUUCAGCAAAUUUCUGUAUCAAAUAUUUCAACUUCAGUUGAUUUAACUCGACGAUGUCCUUCAUUUACUGAACUCUUCAAACCGAAACAAAUGGAAUUACCCCGAAUACAACGAAUUAAAUUGUAUCAUCAAUUAUGUCAAAUUCAUUCUAAUUUGAAAUGUUUCUUCGAUGAAUUUUACAUGUGUCUAUGUACUACUGAACAGUACGCGAAUUGUUUUAUUUUUAAUUAUCAUGUCAAUUUUUCAUGUCUUCAAAAUGGUUACUGUCAAAAUGGUGGAGAAUGUUUCGAGGAUGUUUCUCUAUGCCCUACGAUCACUAUAUGUGAUUGUGUCGAUUGUUUCUUUGGUGAUCGAUGUCAAUUUUAUGCAAGGGGUAUAGGAUUAACACUUGAUGAUAUGUUACGCUAUGCAAUUCUAGCCAAUCAUAGUAUAAAUGAUCAAUCGAUAGUGAUCAAAAUGUGCAUAUUUUGCACAUUCAUUUUAUUUUUUGCCGGUUUGAUCAAUAGUACUCUCUCAUUUUUAACAUUUCAAAGUCCAAAAUCUCGUCAAGUAGGUUCUGGAGUCUAUCUUUUGACAUCAUCUAUUACUUCUAUGAUUACUGUAACUACGUUAUUAAUUAAAUUCUGGUUUAUUCUAUUAACUCAAAUGAAUUUAUCAGCGAAUCGUUCUACUCAUUAUUACGGAUGUAUAUUAAUCGAACCUUUGCUUAAAGUUUUCCUAUUGUUGAAUAACUGGUUGAAUACUUGUGUAUCUAUAGAACGUGCAGUAAGUGCGUAUAAAGGAAUAGGUUUUAAUAAAACGACUAGUCUCUAUGCUGCUCGACGAGUAAUUAUUAUUUUACCAUUCUUAGUUAUAGGCUCAAAUAUGUAUGAGUAUAUUUCUCGUGGUUUAUUUGAUGAUGUUGAAGAACAACGUGUUUGGUGUGUAACUCUUUACUCUAAACCUUUAUAUGAUUCCACUAUAGCCAUUUUAUUCCUUCAUUUAUUGAUACCAUUGAUUAUCAAUCUCGGUUCGGCUGUGUUAAUCGUUUGUACUGUUUCUCGUCAACGAGCAUUAAGUCAACUACGUCAAACGUGUUAUCAACAUUUUAAAGAACAACUCUAUGAACAUAAACAUUUAAUUAUUGGUCCGAUUAUUUUAGUUAUCUUAGCAUUACCUCUUGUUGUUACUGCAUCAUUAUUUCGAUGUGUAAAAGCAUCUCACAAUUCCUGGUGGCUUCUUUGUAGUUAUUUCAUUUCAUUCAUUCCUUCAACUUUGACCUUUAUCAUAUAUAUUCUACCAUCGGAUUUGUACUCAAAAGAAUUUAAAAAAUCGUUUGAAAACCUUCGACAAUGCCUUCGUUUACAUUGA